GAUUCAGUCUGAGUGAAAAUGUCACUGCUAAAGCACUGGAGUUGUCAUCUUGUUUUGACACUGACUGCAUUUAUUGGAGCAGAAAGUGAUGAUGAAUAUUACUUAACCCGUUGGUCAAGAUGCUUCUACAGCUCCCAUGAUCUCAGUGACAUGGUCUUUAUUGACGACAUUUAUUUUAAUAAACAACUGAUUGUACAGUUCAACAGCACUGUGGGGAGUUUUGAAGGGUUUAAUGAGUAUGGAACAAGUGUUGCAGAGGGAUGGAACAAUGGCCCUUUUCUGAUAACAGAGAGAACAUAUAUUGAUACAGAAUGCAGAUUUAAUGUUAAAAAGAGGGAAAAAGCUCUUCAUGAUAAAGCAGUGAAACCAAAAGUUAAGCUCAGUUUAGUGAAACAGUCUGGUGGCAGUUAUCCAGCUAUGUUGAUAUGCAGCGCAUAUGAAUUUUAUCCACAACACAUCAAAGUGUCCUGGCUGAGAGAUGGUGAAGUAAUGACCUCCGAAAUGACCUCUGUUAUGGAACUGGCUGAUGGUGACUGGUACUACCAGGUACAUUCUGAGAUGGCGUACAUCCCAAGAUCUGGAGAAAAGAUCUCUUGUAUGGUGGAGCAUGCCAGCUCAACGCAACCCAUCAUCACAAACUGGGAUCCAUCUCUUCCUGAUUCUGAGAAGAUCAAAAUCGGUAUUGGGUCAUCUGUUCUGGUGCUGGGAGUCAUUACAGCAGCUGCUGGACUUAUUUACUACAAGAAAUCAAUGGGUCAGUGGAAAUGAGAGUAAUUCAGAAUGACAUUAAUCUUUGUCAUCCCUGUACAUGCAUGUAGUUUGUCAAUUUUUUUUUUUUUUUUUUUGACUCUGUGUGUGUGUGUGUGUGCUGUAUAAAUAUAAGAUCAUAUUUGAACAUCUUAUGAUAAUAGAAAUUGUUUGAAAGAGUUUGUUCUUGCUGAGUUCAUCUCUUGUAUUAAUACAAUAAUGUACUUAGUUUCAUGGGUAUUCUGUAUUUGUGUGUUCCAAGGACUCUUAUAUUGAAGUUUUCAUGAUAUUUUAAGUUGUAUUAGAUUCCGUUGUUGUUAUUUUGACAUUUUCUGUGUUUAUACUUGUAUAUUUCCUUAGGUGGGGGUGGGGUGGGGGGAAUUGCCACUAUUGUCUUUGCUAUGCUAUGCUUUUGCAAUUUGCAUUGAAUUGUGGUCUUCUUCGAUUAUCCUUUUGUGUUAUUAAAGAUUUGUGAUUAGGUCCACAAUAACACUCUUGUCUUUGAAACAGGUAUGAAAAUCUUUUCUACCACAAUACAUAGUAUGGGAAAUCCUAGCAUAUUGUAGUUUUGGUCUUUUGAAGGACAAUAGUGAAGUCCUUGUAUGCUUCAUUAACUUCAGGUGAGACUUCAACCCAUAUGAAUAAAAACCUGUAUGGUUCAUA